AUGUUAGAGUUCUUGAGGAUGAAUCCUCCAAGUUUCACUAGCUCAAGCACUAUUGAGAAAUUGGAGGGUUUUGUUGAGGCACUACAGAAGGUAUUUGAGGUUAUGCACGUUGCCAAUGCUGAGCGAGUAGAACUAGUUGCAUAUCAACUUAAGAAUGUUGCUAGAACUUGGUUUGACAAUGGAAGGAGGGUUGAGGAAGAGAAGGUCAGUGAUCUAGAGGAGUUCAGAAGAAAGAAAGCGAAGACAGGGAGUGAGUCCGGGCAACAAAGAAAUAACGUGAACCAAUCCUCUUUCCAACAAAAGAAAAAGGGACCUGAUCCAUUAUCUUCUUGUUCACCUGCACCUAGAAACAAAGACAGGGUUGAACUUAGAGGAGCUACUUCCGAUACUGGAGGAAGAGAAAACCGUCUUUAUGCGAUCACUAGUUGUCAAGAGCAAGAGAAUCAUCCAUAUGUUUUCACUGUUCUGAUCAAAGUCUUUAAUCUUGAUGUGUAUGCUUUUCUAGACCGAAGAGAAAGUUUAUCUUUUGUGGCUCCUUAUAUUGCAAAUAAUUUUGAUGUUCUUCCCGAGAAACUUUCUGAACCCUUUUGUGUUUCUACACCUGUUAGGGAGUCUACUCCAGCUAAACAAGUAUAUAGAGAUUGUGUCAUUUCCAUCAAUCACAAGGACACCAUGGCUAAUUUAAUCAGAUUAGACAUGGUAGAUUUUAAUGUCAUUCUUGGUAUGGACUAG